CACGCUGCUUUGACUGCUCCUGCUUUUCCCUGCUUGGCGGUUUCGUGCGCGUGUAUCGUGGGCCAACUUUUCUCGUGCGUUCUGACAGCUUUUGCUGCAACGCAGGAUGGAGUCCACCUCAGCUUUCAAGACAUCACAACCAACUCAGCAUUCACAAAUGCAACUUCUCAUGCAAUCAAAAGCCAAGGCAGUGUGGCUGAAGAACUGCACCUUGAGAGCACAGUCUGCAGCUAAAGAACACUGGGGUGGUCCAGCCAUCCAGCAAAUAAGGAUGGUGAGAAGUCACAGCAUCGACACCGCCACCGCUGUAACUCCUGUGACUAUGAGACUUUGUUCUUGUCCAAUAUGAAAAAGCACAUCAGGGUUCAUACAGGCGAGCGGCCAUUUCAGUGUCACCUGUGUCCUCAGAGCUUUUCACAGAGAUCCAAUUUGAUACGUCACCUGCGUGCCCACAGAUGUGAGCGGCCACACAAGUGCCACCUGUGUUCCCAGAGCUUCUCUCGAAGGUCCACAUUGAAAGAUCACCUGAACACGCACAUAGGCGACCAGCUGCAUAAGUGCCCCUUAUGUCCUAAGACGUUUGUGUUGCAAAACACUUUCUAUAAGCACUUUCGCAAGCACAAUUCACUGGGGUGGUCGAGCCAUCCAGCGACUAAGGAUGGUGAGGAGUCACAGCAUGGACACCGCCACCGCUGUAACUCCUGUGACUAUGAGACUGGGUACCUGUCCCAUAUGAAAGCACACGUCAGAAUUCAUACAGGCGAGCGGCCAUUUCAGUGUCACCUGUGUCCUCAGAGCUUCUCACGUAAAGACAAUUUGAUAGUUCACCUACGUGCCCACAGAUUUAAGAAGGCAGACUUGAAUCUCUUGUGCCAUUUAUCGGCAAGUACCGAAACCUCGGAAGUUUUGCUGUGCUCUGUGAGGUGCAAGUUGCCAAACAUCAACGGAAUCUGA